AUGACUCCAGAUUCUCAUCACAACAUGAAAUUUGGUACAAUACACUCGACAAUCACAGUUGAUCAGAUUAUGUUUUGUCAGCACGAAGCAAGAAACUCCAGACCGAAGCCGACUAACCAGAACCCGCCCGAAUAUCACCUACCUUUCCAACAGCAAGCACCGUCGAAAAAUUCGGGCGUCUUAAAGCAAACGGCGCCCACACAAACACCGAAGACCACACACCCCAUAUCCCCUUCGAGACUGGAUGCUACUGCUGCCGAUGAAGCCCAUCGAUCCCCACACCAGGGACCAACCGGACCAAGGCACGAGCUAGCAGCGAAGAAACCCGACCCCAAAAAGCUGCCCAAACAGCGCUCGGAGCCGGUGGCCAUGGAAAGCCAACGACUCUUUGGACACCCCCAACCCGCUGCCGAACCACCGGGAACUCGGAGAGAGGGCCCAUCAAGACACCAAUCCACCACGCCUGACCCGAAUUGGGUUGAGGUAGCCGAAAAAACGCCGGCAGGAGGGAGAAUUUGA